AUGGAGCACAACAACAAACAUCUUCUUCCCGGAUUCCAUCCUGCUACAUUUCCCUCAGCAUUUGCAGGUCUUCAAAACGCAGGAACGAAUGCGUUUAUGUCUACUUUGCAACAGUUAUCGGGCUUAUCGGCUCCACUUUUGCCAGGAUCAGCCCUUGGUGCAGCACAGUGGGCAAAUUCUCAGUCAGCAGGACAAACAUGGAUUGAUCCGGCAAAAGUUGCAGCGAUGUUGCCAAUGUACCAGGUCUUUACAGGCGUAAAAGGAUUAGAUAUUUCACAACCCGAGCUGAUCACUCAACAAAGUAUAGCUCCUGUGAGUAGUACGACGACGGCAACAACCACAUCAUCUUCAAUAUUUCCUUCGGUUGUGAAAUCAACUUUACGGAAAUCUCCAACUAAUUCCUGCUCGCCUCUAGUCUCCGGAGUUCAAAAUUCUCCGGCUGGUGGAUCGAUGUCAAAUGGUCCAUCGUCACACCCGUCAACGUCCACUCCUCAUGAUAUUGAUGUUGGUGGAUUGUCACAACCGUCGAGCCAAACUCAAGCAUACGAUCUCACGGUUCGGUCGAGUCCUGCUGCAAAGACUCCUGACGCUGGGAGUUCACAAGAUUUCGUAUUACAUGUAUCGAAUUCUUUCAAGAAUACCUCUGAACUCGCUCAUCCUGAAUCUCAACCAUCUACAUCAUCCAGUAAUCAACCCGUUGUCGAUGACAAUUGGGCAGGAAUUGAUCUUGGCGAUUUGGAUUUGUUCGCAGGAACUUCAUCCAAGGAAAAUGAAGUUGCCAUCUCCAGCGUGUUUGAGCUCGGAGGAAAUUUAUUUCCCGACUCUUUUCAUGAAUCUUCACAGAAAGCAACUACAUUUUCUACUCCUUCAAUCUCACAAUCUGCUGCCACUCAUACUGAAAUCACAACAGCAGAUCAAGAAUUCGAUCAAAUCUUCAGCAGUUUGGAAAACCAAAAUGCCUCCACUAAUGCAUUUCCGUUCGAUUUUCACAGUGGUGAAAAUAAUCCCAGCCUUAGUCCUGUACAGUUCACUCCUCCUGAUUCACCUUCAGCCGGUUCACCGGAUCGAACUAUUAUGGGCUUAUUUGCGGGUCCAUCAACGUCUUCCGUACAUCCCACCACAACUCAUUCACCUUUUCCAGCUCCCUCGCAAGCACCUACUCCUAUUGCAAAUACGAGACGGAAAACAGAAUUGGUCAAACCGAUAGCUGCUCCUUCACCGUCAUCCUUCAAAAAGGAGCCUUUAGUGACUCGGCCUGUUCAAAAAUGUAAUAAAAUACCUAUCUAUAAACAAAGAAAAUUCACGUCAAUAAUAUCCAACGAUUUAAGUGGGGAAUCAAAAGGAGAUGUUAACGAUGCAUAUUCUUUUGAUGACGAGGAGGAAAAUGUCGGUUUAAGACAAGUAGAUCCAAAGGAGAAGCUUGAUGCAGAGGUACGUGAAAAACUCUCAAAAAUUGCUGGACAACAUCCGGAAAUGAGAAGUAAAAAUAUUUACGUGCCUGGUGUUGGAUUUGCAGUUCCUCCUGAACAACAGCAAGAUUUAUGGCGACACGUCGUUCCGAAAAAACGACCGACCGGGGAGAAUAGGCCUGUCAUACCUGCUGCGAAUCUUUUACCGCCUUCAGUUCAUGCGGAAGCGAGUCAAGCUGCAGCGAGAUUAGCUGAGCCUGAAAUCGUGACUUUGGCUGAGUCGAUUCGUCGACGUAAACGGGAACGACUUGUAUGCACUUUUAUAAAGACCGAACAAACAUAUGGUAGUGAUUGUGCUAAAGAAGAAGGAGCGGAUCGACGUGCUGAAGAGAUCAAGAAAGAAAAUGAGAACCAACCAAGACUGCCAAAAUUGAUCAUAAAAUUACCAAGACGGACCACAGAGAAUUAUUAUGAAUCGAAAAAGAAGAAAAAGAAAAGGCGAAAGAAGAAGGACUAUGAUAGUGAUUGGGAAGGAAGCGAUCGUAUUAGGCGGAAAAAACGUAUGAAACGAGAAAAAGGGAACAGUUCCGGAUAUGAGAUACGAAUAGUGGAAAGAGAUAACGACGAUGAAAGCAAGACAUCGAGGAUAGAGGAGGAACGGAUCGAUAUGAGUAUGUUCUCGAAAAAGAGGCGUUUGAUGAUGCAAUGGCAAGAAGGUCAGGAAAGUCUGAACCGAGAAAACGGAGAACAUAAGGCGAACGUAAAGUCGCAUUCAUUCCGGUCGAGGAACGAUUUUAAUACAGAAGCAGUGAAGGCUCGUUUAUCAAAGUUCGGACCUGCUGAUGGACAUCUACCGAAAGGAACGUUUGUAGUAUGUAAGGCUGAUUUGUUUCGGGACGAUUGCGCUUUGUGGAGAGUGGACAAUCAAAAUAUGAUCCAAAAAUUUCCGCCUCGAAUUGAUCCUGCAACUAAAGAUAUAUCCUAUAAAAACAGUAGCACAUAUUCUGGAUGGUGUGAUCAAGUGGCUUAUGGUUAUUAUCGAGUAGCCAUAAAACACAUCAAGCAGACACGCUCCGAAGCUAUAAUUCAGCCAGAGAUCCCAAUUUCUGACCUCUUCCCUGCUAUGACCUCAGAAUGCAAUGACAACAAUGGUUUUGUUAAAGGGGAUGAUUUGAUUAAAUUAGGAGUCGGAUAUACUUUAUUUACUUACUGGGAUUAUAAAAUGUAUUAA